AUGGGCCGUUUCGACGAAGCGUUCGACGCCGCAGUCGAUGCGCGGACCCCCAACGCCUUUUCGCUCUUCCAAACCCAAGUCUAUGCUUGGAUAGGAAAUGGCGAGUUAACCUGUCGUAUGACAGAUGUUGAGGUUGCGCUGGCUCGGCUCGUCGAAGGAUUCGGCGCGGGUGGUCGCGAGGUGCAAGCACUUUGUGAGGAAUUCAUCUUGUGGUGCAACUCAGCAGCCAUGCGGGCGUUGAGCUUGGGCGUGUCUGAGGAUGCUCUCGAUUUACUCACGUUGGCCGACCAGCACACCACGCCCGGCAGUUGCCACUUGAUUGACGACAGCGUCCGAAAACGCUUGCGCGGCAUCACACUCAACAACUUUGCUUGCUACUUCAAAAAGCAUGGCAAACUACACACGGCGAUUCAGUACUUGGAGAAAACGCUCAAGAUUGAGUCGUCGAUUGCUAACGUCGAAAACCCCGCAGGCACACACUUAAACAUUUGCGCGAUUUUGUCCCAAAUGGGCAGGCAUGUUCGAGCUGCGGAACAUGCUCGGUGUGCAAUCGAACUGCUCAAGUACGAACGGACGAAAGCGAUGGCGGAGGAAGGUCCCGGGGCUGGUUCGAACAACAGGGUGAAAAGCGAGAAUAGCGUGCUCGCUAUUGCGUACUACAAUUGGGGUGUCGAAUUGGAGCAUAUGCGCCGGUUCGAUCAAGCGAUCAAGGCCUUCACAAAAGGACAUGAAGUUGCGUGCAACGAGCUCAUGUCUAACCAUCCAAUGAUCCAAGCUAUUUACAAGGCUCUGAUCGAGCUCAAGGAUUACGUUGCAAUCAAGAAAGGUUACGCCCCGACCCCCCGCAGUACAGACCUUGACUAAACACCGCGGACAGCUCGGUGAAAAAGAGAGAUCGCCCUGAGUAACUCGUCGAAUAAAGUGAAAGUGAGAAAAGCUUCGCAUUGCUCC